AUGUGUCAGGAAGCUAUCCACGUCAGCGAGUUUGGAGAGGAACCCAUACGAACGAGAGGAUUGCGACAAGUGGCUCGGGGAUUACGAGGUGCCCCUCUUCCCAACGCGACCACCUACCUGGUCGCCAGCUACCGGACGCAGGCUAUUGCUGAUAUCAGAGUGUACCCGGAAGCCAAGUUCAUACUCGUCGAGCGCGACCCGGACAUGUGGGUGAGGUUGAUGAAGAACACCGUUGGUGCCCGAGUCGAAGCUAUCUACAAGUUCCCGCUGUCAUAUUCCAGGCGGUUCGCUAAUUUCAUGGACGAGUUUUCCAAUUUCAGCGCCAAGCUCAUCGACGUCAACACUCGCUAG